GAGCACGUACCGCUAACACAGAACAUCUUUGUUGGUGUGACAAUAUGCAAACAGACCUGGAAGUCCGCAAGAUAACUGAACACUUAUAAAUACGUCGAAUAUCAACUAUUCGAGCACAGUGUAUCCUCGCCCAUGCGCCUUGCGUACUGUCCAAACGUUUUUCAUUACUAACUAUUCUACUACCUUUCCUACUAAUACUUUCCUAAUUGAAAAUGGCACCCGGUGUCAUUUCCAAUACUGAUGUCAUCCUUAACAAUCCUUUGGAAGAAAUUUCUUCUGUCCACGGCGAGACUCUAAUCAGUGCUCUGAUUGCUCAAAAAGAGCUUUCCCCUGAAAAAUGUCCCAUAGAUCAUACCAAGCUGAUUAUCAAUGAAGUGUUUAGUGGCGGUAAAGUUGAAAAUGGUGUCAAGGUUAAUGGAGACGCGAAUGAGGCUGAAAUGAAUGGGAGUGUUCAUAUCAGCGGUGAGAAAACCUGCCCCAUUGACCACACCGAUGGUGAUGUAUUAUUGAAAGAGCAAAACGGCGUGAAGAAUGAUCUAAAUGGAACAGUAGUGACUAAACAGGCAACUAAAAUGCCGCCUCGUAAAGUUGUAAAACCGAAAGUGUUGAAGAAUUUUGAAACUCACGAUUAUCUUUACGAUCGCCUGUAUGACAGUGGUUGCCCUAUGGCGCCAACACUAUGCAACGAGAAGUCAUGUCUGGGCAGCGUCAUGGCCAUACCUGGCCGCGGGGAUGUGCCAAGAGUACCAGAGGAAGUACUCAACGACGCCAAGGACUUCUUUGGCCAAUACUUUGCUUCCAUCAGAAGGGCAAACACCCCAGCCCACGAAACGCGUUGGAACGCAGUCCAGGAGGAAGUUGCGAAGACCGGCACCUACCAGCUGACCACCACCGAGUUGGUGUUCGGGUGCAAGCUGGCCUGGAGAAACGCCAGCCGGUGCAUAGGCAGGAUACAGUGGUCUAAACUGCAGGUUUUCGACUGUCGACAAGUGACAACCACAAGUGGGAUGUUUGAAGCGCUGUGCAACCACAUCAAAUACAGCACCAACAAGGGCAACAUUAGGUCCGCCAUCACGGUGUUCCCGCAGCGAACGGACGGGCAGCACGACUACAGAAUAUGGAACAGCCAGCUGAUCAGCUACGCGGGCUAUAAGCAGCCAGACGGCACCGUGCUGGGCGACCCGAUGCACUGCGAAUUCACUGAGCUUUGCCUGAAACUGGGCUGGAAGCCACCUAGAACGGCUUGGGAUAUUUUGCCCUUGGUACUGUCCGCCAAUGGGAAAGACCCCGAUUACUUUGAGAUCCCCAGAGAACUCAUCAUGGAGAUUCACAUGACCCAUCCGACGUACGAAUGGUUUGAAGAGCUAAAUCUGCGCUGGUAUGCGCUACCCGCGGUAUCGAGCAUGCGUUUCGACUGCGGCGGCAUCGAGUUCACCGCGAAUGCUUUCAACGGCUGGUACAUGAGCACGGAGAUCGGUUGCAGGAAUUUUUGUGAUGUCAACCGGCUUAAUAUGCUUGAGAUAGUGGCCCAGAAAAUGGGAUGUGACACCAGAACGCCAGUGACCUUGUGGAAAGACAAGGCUCUAGUGGAAGUGAACGUGGCCGUGCUUCAUAGCUUCCAGCAGCAUAAUGCCACCAUCGUCGACCACCACACUGCUUCUGAGAGCUUCAUCAAGCAUCUUGACAAUGAAAACCGAUUACGAUCGGGAUGUCCAGCGGAUUGGAUAUGGAUCGUUCCGCCGAUGUCGUCAUCCAUCACACCGGUAUUUCAUCAGGAGAUGGCGCUAUAUUAUCUCAGGCCUUCCUACGAAUAUCAGGAACCAGCGUGGAAGACCCAUCAGUGGCAGAAGUCAAAGCCAAUCACCGGUAAAAGGCCGAUAAACAGAAAGUUCCACUUUAAGCAGAUAGCUCGAGCUGUCAAAUUUACAUCCAAACUGUUCGGCCGGGCGCUUUCGAAGAGGAUUAAGGCGACGGUUUUGUAUGCGACCGAGACCGGCAAAUCUGAGCAAUACGCCAAGGAGUUAGGAGUCAUAUUUGGACAUGCCUUCAACGCUCAGGUCCAUUGCAUGGCAGACUAUGAUAUAACCUCAAUAGAGCACGAGGCCCUUUUGUUAGUUGUUACAUCUACUUUUGGAAAUGGUGAUCCCCCAGAAAACGGUGUGGCUUUCGGAGAACAUCUUUGCGAGAUAUUGUACGCAGAUCAAGUUGAAGAUGCCGGGGCUCAAAACAUGCCGACACCAAAGUCUUUCAUUAAGGCUAACAGCCAAAUGGAAUUGCAAAAAAUUACGGUGGGGAAUCCCAAACAGUUGAAUCGAUUGGAAUCACUUAAAGGAAGCGCCACUGACACGGUGUCCAUUGAUAGUUUUGGGCCACUCAGCAAUGUUCGUUUUGCUGUGUUCGCUCUGGGUUCGAGCGCAUAUCCCAAUUUCUGUAAUUUUGGAAAAUAUGUGGACAAACUGCUGGGUGACCUCGGUGGCGAGAGGAUCCACGACGUGGCCACUGGUGACGAGAUGUGUGGACAGGAUCAGGCAUUUAGAAAAUGGGCUUCCAGUGUGUUUAAUGUUGCUUGUGAGACGUUCUGCUUGGAUGACGACGAAACACUACAAGAAGCAAAGAGAGCGCUAGGAACGGUGGCACUGAGUGAGCAAACUGUUCGGUUUACACAUCCAGAAAACAAACCACCUACUUUGACAGUUGCGCUACAGUCGACUCUAAACAGACAACUUCUGACGUGUGUUGUUAGGGCCAAUAAAGAUUUGGGCGAUGAAUCAGCUGAAAGAUCUACUAUCUUCAUUGAGAUGGAACCAAAGGAUGAAAUCAAGUACGACCCUGGAGACCACGUUGGGAUAAUUGCUUGCAAUCGUAAGGAACUGGUGGAUAGUUUGUUAGCACGUUUAAAAGACAUAGAUGAUUACGACGAAGCAUUGCAGCUACAGCUUAUGAAGGAAACGCAUACAUCAGCUGGACCGGUAAAAUCUUGGGAGCCACAUGAAAGAUUGCCAAUAGUUAGUGUGAGACAGCUGUUCACACGCUUUCUAGACAUCACUACUCCUCCAACCACGAUACUUUUACAGUAUUUGGCGACAACCUGUGAGAAUGAGGAUGAGAGAACACAGCUCAACUUAUUAGCCACUGAUCCUGGAGCAUAUGAAGAUUGGCGGCACUUCCACUUCCCUACAUUGGCUGAAGUAUUGGAACAGUUUCCUUCAGCUAGACCAAGCGCAUCCCUAUUGGCUGCCCUGUUGUCACCUCUGCAACCGAGAUUUUAUUCCAUAUCGUCUUCACCUAUUGCGCAUCCCAAACGAUUGCAUCUUACAGUGGCUGUUGUUACAUACAGAACUCAAGAGGGCGAAGGUCCUGUUCACUACGGCGUUUGCUCCAACUACCUUAUGGACCGAAAGCCUGGUGAUGAAGUGUACUUGUUUAUUAGAAGGUAUUUUUUUAUCUUUAAAUCCCGGUUAUUUUCAUUAAACUCACUGAGUUUACUCAAUGAAAAUAUUAACCAAAUAUUUAUUUCCAGCGCGCCAAACUUCCAUCUUCCCGAGGACUUGUCAGUUCCAUUAAUUCUCAUCGGGCCUGGUACUGGUAUUGCACCUUUCCGUGGCUUCUGGCACCAUCGAAGAGCACUACUUAACUCUCGCACUCGCAGUAACACUGGCCCUGUUUGGCUUUUCUUUGGGUGUAGAACGAGGACUAUGGACCUGUAUCGAGAAGAAAAGGAACAAGCUUUGAGAGACAAUGUCCUUACCAAAGUGUUCCUUGCUUUAUCACGGGAAAAGAACAUUCCAAAGAUGUACGUUCAAGAGCUAGCUGAAAAAGAAGGACAGGAAAUUCACGAUUUAUUAAUAAACCGGGGAGCGCACUUUUACGUGUGCGGUGACUGCAAAAUGGCCGAGGACGUCAAUCAAAAGCUCAAAGGAAUCAUAAUGAAGUACAGCAAUAUGACUAAAGAUCAAGUUCAAAGCUUCAUGUUUAAGUUAAAGGAGGAGAACCGCUACCACGAAGACAUCUUCGGCAUCACGCUCCGUACAGCCGAGGUGCACAGCGCGUCGCGGGAGUCGGCACGGCGCAACCGAGUUGCCGCGCAACCCUGACGCCGGUCCUCUCGUUUUCGACCCAACUCGCUCAUCUAGCAAGUACUCCCCACGACUAACAACAACUAUGUUAUUGCUAUAUCAUACUUCAGUCCUUUACUAAGUACAAGCAUUGAUGAGUCAAAUAUACCAAAUCAAAAAUAUAUGAAAAUUUUAACGGUGUAAAGUUUAUAUUCACACCAGUGAUUGUGAGAAAUUAAAUUCUUUAUAAAACUCCAUUAAUACAACGUAUAACAUAUAACUGAUCUAAUUGCUAAAUCUGAUAGCAUUUAAUAAUAGCUCAUGAGGGCUUCGACGUGGCUAAUUAACCUGUUCUCUGAUUUGGCAUCUUCUUGUGUAUUAUUUUUAUGUUCAAUUUGCAAUUGUGUAGGUAAUUUUGGUCAUUUCAAACCCACUGAGAUUUUAAAGAAAAAUCUUUCAUGGGUUUUUCUAACUUACUUAUUUGGAAUGUCAAUGGGGAAAAGACCGUCUAUAAGGGAAGAUCGUCUACAAACUAACUAGUUUCGUCGCUUUUAACUCCUGAGUUUGUACACAUACUCCACUUACAGAAGGUAGGUAAAGUAAAAGGAGUGGAGCUUUUUCUUUCUGACCAUGUCUGAGCGACGGGCUAGCCUAACGGAACUGCCCGCGUAGCCAACGUGCAUAUCGUUCUCGCUCAGUGGCGGACGAAACGCAACUGUCAUCGUCGCACUAAUAUGGAAGAGUGAUAAAGAGAGAUAACUACGCUACGCUACGUAGCGCUAACAAUUGGCAUUGGCAAUCGUUAACGCUUCUUAGCGUAGCGUAGUUAUCGCUCUCUCUCAUUUCGUUUGCUACGGAGCGUUAACGAUUGUCAAGUUGGCUACGGUCCCUCGUCAGCAUAGCCAGAUC